AUGUCGCAGCGCACAUCGGCAGUCAUGGCCAUGGGUGGUUUGGCCGGCUUGGCGUAUAUGAGCUCGGGCAGUCAAACUUUCACGGCCGCACCAGGGACCACGAACCUUCGCCAGCAGCACACCGCCCAGACCGCACAGGCGCCUCCAUCCUCAGCACCAACAUCUCUGCCGGCAGUGAUCGCUGGCGGUGCGGUCCUCGCCGCGGCGGCGACCUCUGGACGUGCUGCCCGCUCGCAUGGCAGCACACCCCUCCCUACCAGCGUCAUGCCGGUGAGGCAAUCGGCCACAGCUCGCAAGGCCCUUGACCAAUCCAGCCGCUAUGCGGAUCUGUCGUUGGAUGAGGCGACACUCAUCAAGAACGGCAAGCACGUCCUGGUGGCCUAUAUCAUGAAGCCGAAGGCGGGCUAUGACUACCUUGCCACUGCGGCGCACUUUGCUGCCGAGUCUUCCACCGGAACGAACGUGAACGUGUGCACUACGGACGAUUUCACCAAGUCGGUCGAUGCCUUGGUUUACUACAUCGAUCCCGACAGUGAGGAGAUGAAGAUCGCCUACCCCAACCUGCU